AGGCGCGGCGCGGUCCCCCCGUCCGUAGUCAGUGCGCCGCUCCACGGCAAACUCCGCGCGCGCUGCGUGCUCGGGGCAGCGCCAGCCCGGGUGGCCGCGUGCAGGGCGCAGGCUGAGCCCGGCAGGGAAGAUGGAGCUGGCUACGCGCUCCCAGAUCCCCAAAGAAGUCGCUGACAUCUUUAAUGCCCCCAGUGAUGAUGAAGAGUUUCUGGGUUUCCAGGAUGAUGUUCACAUGGAAAACCUAUCAGAGAGCUGUGAUAGUUUGGACUCGCUGGAGUUGCAGAAACAGCAGGAUGUGUGUUUCCAUUCGAAAUACCUCACUGAAGAGCUAAAAAGGAUUUUCAUAGAGGACACAGAUUCAGAAAUUGAAGAUUUUGAAGGAUUUACAGAGAGUGAGCUGAACAUGAACAGUGACCCAGAGCUCGUGGAGUCGGAGCUGAGUGACGGUGGCAAGACAUCUGUGGUGAGUGAGGAGGAGGAAGAGGAGGAAGAGGAGGAGGCUGUGCCUAGAAGAGGCAGGUCCACGAGAAGCAGUUUUGGUCUUCGAGUAGCCUUUCAGUUCCCCACCAAGAGACUGUCAAAGACACCAGAUAAAAACAGCUCUCACUUAGCGGACAGUAAGACUGAUUUCGGAAGGGGGAAAAGCUGCAGACAGGCCAAGGAGCGGGAAGACUCUGCCUCUGAGUCUGAGGAUGACUCCAGGGCUGAGAGCCGGGAGAAUUCGGAUGCUCUGCUGAAAAGGGCCAUGAACAUCAAAGAGAACAAGGCCGUGCUCGCUCAGCUGUUGGCAGAAUUGAACUCGGUGCCAGAUUUCUUCCCUGUGCGAACCCCGUCCUCGACCUCUAAGAGGAGAACAGCCCGACGGGCCUUCUCAGAGGGACAGAUCAUACGGCGCAUGAACCCAACCCGGAGUGCACGGCCCCCAGAGAAGUUUGCUCUGGAGAACUUCACUUUCUCGGCCACCAAGCUCACCGAAGAGCUUUACAGUUUCAGAAGAAGGAAGACAAUUAGUGGGGGGAAAUGCCAGAAGUAUAGACGACGUCACCGAGUAUCAUCUUGUCGCUCGGUGAAAGACAUCACUGACGAAGACUUGGAAAAUGUUGCCAUAACUGUGCGUGAUAAAGUCUACGAUAAAGUGCUGGGUAACACCUGCCAUCAAUGCCGGCAGAAGACCAUUGAUACCAAGACGGUGUGUCGGAACCAGAGCUGUGGUGGUGUGCGAGGACAGUUCUGUGGGCCGUGCCUACGCAAUCGCUAUGGGGAGGAUGUGCGGACCGCAUUGCUGGAUCCGGAGUGGACAUGUCCUCCCUGCCGUGGGAUCUGCAAUUGCAGUUACUGCCGGAAGCGAGAUGGCCGAUGUGCCACUGGAAUUCUCAUUCAUCUGGCCAAGUUUUACGGCUAUGAUAAUGUCAAGGAGUACCUGGAGAGGAAGAAAAUGCUUAACAAACCACAAACCAAGGUGUCGACCCAGGGUUCCUGGGAAGCUUCAAGGGACUGAUGUCCUCACCUGAAAAGUCAUCUGGGACAGAAAUGUGAGCUUGUCCUUCUCAAACAGUGCUUGACUGGCAUAGAGGAAGGUGGCGUGGGUGAUGCUCUCUGUGAGGACGCAGAUGCGGUCCUGAGUAUCCUCCACCUUGUCAGCCUGCUCAAUGGCUCUGUGGAACAGUGUGUUGAAAGCCUGGAAGGGUUAAUGCAACUAUUAGAGGGUAAAAUGAUGCUUGCAUGUCUGGCUAGCCUCAGAUACACAGGGCACAGUUUAUUCUUUAUCUAUGGGGAGAGAGGACAAAGUUGGACUUCUAUGAGGCUAUUAUGAGCUGCUAAAAUAGUCUGAAUUUGUACCAUACAGAAAGUGCUCUUUCAAGAUUUGCUGUCAUGAUCAGCGUCUGUAUGUGUGUGUGCGUGCACCUGUGUGUGUGUGUGUGUGUGUGUGUGUGUGUGUGUGUGUGUGUGUGUGCACGCAUGCCCAUUCGACAGGACAGGAUCUUCUGUUAUUUACCCUGGAUGGCCUGAAACUUAAUUUGUAAACAAAGGUGGCUUUGAACUUACAUCAACCCUAUGGCCUUUGCCUCUCAAGUGCUGUGAUUAUAGGUGUCUGUCACUAUGCCUGGUUCAUGAUUGUUAUUAAAAUGAGUCUACAAAAUCUAUUUGCAUUUCAUUCUUAGCUACUGAACCAAACCAUCCUCUCUCCUUCCAUACAUAAUCUUCAAUUUUAUUACUUUCAAAUUAUGGUUAAAAUACCUGUAAAAUAUUACUGCAGUAACUAUUUCAAAUGUAUAGUAGUAUUAAGGUAUGUCACCAACUUCAAAACAUUUUCAUCUUGCAAAUGGAUGGGCAUUUGUUAACCUAGGCUUGCUGGGUUAGUUUUCUCAUUCUCCUCAUACGCUGUUGCUGUUGUAAAAUCCAGCCACACUAUGAUUACCAAGGCUUUUGCAUGACAGUCACAUCUUAGCAGGAGGCGUGCUAGUUACACUCAACUCACUGACACCCCAUCUCCAAGGGCCUAAGGUAGCAGAUUCAAAUCAUACCCAGUGUCUGCUCCCUUCUGAGUCUUUCACCAUCCCACCAGACAUCUGCUGAGGCCGUCCCAUGGCUUCUCGUGGCAGAGAAUGUUAUCCAGAUUCCUCAACAGCCUGAGAAGCUCUACAAGAUGCAGUCCAAGGUGCCGUCCUCUUGGGGUCUGUCUCCUGUAGCUUUUCCCUCACUGUUAGCCUCUGGCCAGAGGUACUUCACACCCUGGGAUUCCCAGCCCUUCGUGCCUCACACUGCCCUGUUUACCCAACACUUGUUAGGUAGCCAAAUUCUCCCUUUCCUUCAAGCACUGGCUCAAAUGCCACUUCCUCUGGAUGGCUUUGCCGGUACCCCUCGAAAAGUAACUUUCUCCUAUUUAUUACUCCAUGUAUUUUUUUAUAAGCCUAUGUGUUCACUGAAGACAUGUGUAUGUCCACCUGCAGUGGAGGUCAGAGGACUACUUGUGGACUUCUUUCUCCCUCUACUGUGUGGGGCAGGGGGUCGGACUCAGGCUGUCAGACAUGGUGCCUUGACCUGCAGAGUCAAUUACUGAAGAACUGAGACGAGCAGGAUCUACAGUGGGGGCCACAGCAAUGACUGACAUGUUAUUUCGAUGGUAUAAACAAUACUUGCUCCUUAUGGAGAAAUAAAAAUACAAACCAGAAUUUUUUUGUAACAUAAAAUCCACUCAGGUAAAGCUACCCGAUGAUUGCACAUGGCUGUAUGGUGGCUUUUCUUACUUAGGCAACUUCAUGAUGGCGGAUGUGGUUGUUAUCUUAAGGUGUUUGAACAAAGUGUACUUCAGUAGCUCCUCCUUCCCUCCUCUCCCUCGCACUCUGCUCCCUGGUAACCUCCCCACCAGGUUAUUUUCUUUUUUAAUGUCCCAUGUGCCUGCCUCUAAUGUUUUUACUAAAACAGAACAAAACAAACAAAAAACAACCUCUGCACUCAAGGAUAAGCCUCUUGCAUGACAAUUGAUCUGAUUAAGUAUUUGUUUCAAAACUGACAGCAAGAAAAAAAGGACCCCUCCCAAAGACAGACUGACAGGACACACAGAACCUGGCCUUCGGAGUAAAAACAAGCACAAGCUGAGAUUCUGGCUCUUAUAAUCACAAAAUGUGAAUUUGGGGCAAUUGGUUUGAAAUCUAAAAAUGUUACCUUUUUUGAUGAGGCGAAUACUUUCCUUGGAAUGUUUUAUGAUAUCUGCUAUGUGUAAUAGUGGCUUACAGUAGUAACAUGGCCUGCCCCACUCUUUCUUCCUAUCUACCAGAACUGCUUAGCAAUAAAUCCCUAAUCUCCAGAAAAAGGAGGACAGACCUUCUCAGGCUGCGUAUUUUCCUUCACCUGUUCAG